AUGGCGAUUUACAAGUUUCUGAAGUACUUCUUGUCUUUGCUUUCAGUGGUUCGGCUUCUGAAAUGGGCUUGGUACUUCUUGCUUCAUUACUCUUUGUUCCCUCACCACAUGCCAACAUAUAUUGUUGGUGAAGGUUUCAAUAAGCUAGGUGACUCCGAUAACGCUGUUUCCGAGUGUGCCAUUUGUUUAUGCAACUUUGACGACGAUGACGAGAUCAGAGAACUGAGAUGUGACCAUUUUUUCCACAAAGUUUGCUUGGAUAGAUGGAAAGGGUAUCGGGGUUUUACGUGUCCCAUAUGUCGCCGUCCUCUACUUCGACCUCUGAAACUAGGCGCCCCCGCCGUGGAAGUCAUACUUCUCAAUUAUUGUUCUUUCGAUGAUUCAAACCACCGCGAAACCUUGUGGCUGCGUUAA